AUGAUAUCAAUUGAAUUUUAUUAUUUACCAUUUGAAGCAACAACCACGACAUCUAUUUUUUUUCAUCUCUGGAAAUGUGCUGUAUAUCAGGAUAUGUAUAUUCAAACAUGGCAUCCAACACGUCAAGCUUCGCCACCUGUUCAAAGUUGUUUAGCAACUCCAGGAAACUUCGAAUUAGUUAAAAACAAAUAUGUUCGAUUUACAAUUCGUUCGGCUGGUUCAGUAAUUGAUGAAUUAACACUGAUUCUCUUUGACGAAACAUCAAAUAAUGCAAUAUGUACUAUUUCAGAUCAAGGACAAGGUGUUGGUUGGAUCGAUUGUGAAGAGAAUGGUAAAAAACAAUUGACUACUACUAUAAUAAAUGUAUUUGCUUGUAUAGGAAUAAAGCCCUCGUUGAUAAAAACAGCAACACAUGAAACAUUAACUGUCUAUUAUGUUAAAGUAAAUUUUACAACGAUUGUAACACGUGAUAUUGGAUUCACAGUUGGUCGAUUCAAUAUUAAUACUUAUCAAAAUGCCGAACAGAUUGCUCAAUCAGCUGGUAUUUGCAAUUUAUCGUCAUCCUGUGACGAAAUUUGA